AGCCGCGCGACGCCGACUGCCGCCGGGACGCGGGCGCCGCAAGUCGCAAGUUCGCCGCCGCGGACGCGUCGCGCCUUUCUCCCGAGUGGGCAGAAGAGCGCCCGGGAGAAAGUCGCGGGGGCCAUUGGCGUGGCUCGGCGCCGCUCGCGGUCCCGAUCGCGACCGCGCGCGCACGCGGCGCCGGCAGCGGGGCCCGCGGGACCCGCGCCGCGCCGCGCCAACAAAGAGGCCAAGCCGGCCGCGACGGGGCCCCGCUCGCGCGCGCACGCCCGUGCGCCUGCCCGCCGAUCGACGCGCGCUCGCUCGGACUCGCGUGCCAAUCGCGUCGCCGCGUCGGCGAGGUUCUCGAGAAUUUCGGCGCCGGUAAUUGGGGCGGUGCGCGCGCACCGCGAGUGCCCCGGGCGGAAAAUAGUCGGGGCUCGGCAGAGGCCCGCCGCGAAAAUUGGCAAGAAGCGCCCGAUGGAAGUCGCCACGAAACGGAGGCCGGCCGUGCCGAUCGGACACCCGGAGCGCGGAGCGGCGAGAGCGCGGGCGCGCGCGGGUCGCGGCAGCGGCCACUGGCGUAAUUAAAUCGCCGGCGCGAUAAGCGGGCGAGCGAGCGAGAAUGACAAACGCGCGGGCCAUUUGUCAGGGGCGCGCGCGCGGAUAAAAGUUUAUCACUCAUUGGGCCGGAAAUGCGCCGGGGGAGCGUCAGCUUUGCCUAAUUGCCCGAGCCGGCGCGGCGCGCGCCCCUCGCGCUCCGGCUCCGAUCGGCCGCUCGGCUUUAUUUACGGCUGCCGCGGGGCCCCGCGCCGCGCUCGACCAGCUGGCCUGCGCCAGCGAGCGCCCGAGCCGCGGAUCAAUUGCGCCGCAAUCGACGCGCGGCUUCCGAGGACGGAUCGCGGCCGCUCAGCGAAAAGACAGCUGAGCUCAGCCGCGGUCGCGUUUUUCGCUGGCCUCGUCGGUUUUUUCGGCCGCCCGCGCGGAUAUGCCCGGAAUCCGUUUGGCAAUCGCUCGCGGAGAGGCGGCAUUUCCGCCGCAGAAUUCGCCGACGCAGGCGGCCGCUCGGGGCCCGCGGCGCGCACUCGAUCGAUCCGAAUCGGCGGUAACGAGCCGUCUCGAGCGCGGCGGGGCUCCGUCGGAAGGGGGGCCGCCGCCGCCGCCGCCGCGCGGAUAGCGAAGCUCGCGCUCGGCCGGGCAACAAGUGGACAAUAACUCUCGGCCGCGAAAAGUAUCGCGCGGGCUUGGCCGCCAAUCCACGUCGCACCUGCGACCUCGCUCGCUGCAUUACGUGACUAAUUGCGCUUAUCAAUCGGGCGCAGCUGCGCCGGCCCGACGAGGAUGCACGAGCGCGCCAAUCCCGAGUAUUUUCCACUGGAUCGGCGCGCUCGCCGGCGUCUCGCCCGGGAAGGUCGCGCCUCGCGCCCGCGCGGGCGGGCAUUCGCGCGAGAGAGGUGGCGCGCUCUGAUCGCGCGAACACCGUCUGCUUGCAGCGAGCGGCUAAGGACGAGGGAGCGCAGCUACUCGUCGUCGUCGGCGGCGGCGGCGGCGGCGGCCUCCUCCUCCUUCUCCUCCUCCUCCUCCUCCUCGGCCCGGGACGACUGAGCCGGCAGCGGCGGUGAGGGGGCGGCGGCGACAACGGCAUCUCACGGAGAUCGGCCCGGGCUCGCCAUGUGAGAACGGCGCCUUGGGCUCCACCAGCUGCGCAGAGGACUUACGCCGAGCGAGCCGCGGCGCGGCGAUGCUACGUCAGCAGUUCGCGGCCUUGCUGCCGCUGCUGCUGCUUCUUCUGGCCGGCGGCGCAGGCGGCGAGGCCUGCCCCGAGGACAGCGUGAGCAGCGAGGACGGCAGCGGCUGCCGCUGCAUCCCCGAGUGCCCGCGCCACGAGUGCCCGGCGGGCACGCGGCGCACGCGCGUGCGGGACGCCGUGCCCGAGCAGCCGGGCAGCUGCUGCCCGCUGUACGAGUGCCGCGACCAAGCGCCGCUGAACUACGACUCGGCCGAGGAGGCCGGCUGGGCCGCGGCGCAGCAGUGCGUGGACGACCGCGGCCAGCCGCGCCAGCUGGGCGAGCACUGGCUGGAGACGGACCCCUGCACCAACUGCAGCUGCGAGGCGCCCGGCCGGCCGCGCUGCCAGACCACCAUGUGCCGCAGCUGCGCGCGCCCGCGCCCGCGGCACCCCGACGAGUGCUGCCCGCGCUGCCCCGAGGCGCCGCAGCAGCAGCGCUGCGCGGCGCUGCGCGACUGCGCGCCCGCGGCCCGCGGCUGCCCGCACGGCCUCCUGCGCGACCGCGACGACUGCGAGGUGUGCCAGUGCCGGCCGCGCGCCGACUGCCCGCGCCGGCUGCGCUGCCCCGCGCGCUGCGGCGACGGCUACCGGCUGGACCGGCGCAGCGGAUGCCCGGUCUGCCAGUGCCUGGACAGCUGCCUGGACGAGGCGGGCCGCCGGCGCCUGGAGGGCGAGCGCUGGAGCCCCGACGCCUGCCGCAGCUGCGCCUGCGGGCCCGCGGGCGCCGUCGGCUGCAACCGCACGCUGUGCGCGGCCGGCUGCCCGCUGCCGCCGCCGCCGGGCCGCUGCUGCGCGCUCUGCCCGCCGCCGCAGGAGGCGGAGGCGCCGGGCGGCGGCGGCGGCGGCUGGGGCCCCGCGCCGAUCGCGCUCGUCGCCGUGCUGGGCCUGCUGUGCGCGGCGCUGCUGGCGCACCUGGCGCGCGGCCGCCUGCGAGCGCGGCUGCGCGCCGCCGAGCUCGACUUCGCCGGCUUCCCGCAGCUCCACCGGCACCCGCAGCAGCCGCAUCACCCGCAGCAGCAGCAGCAGCAGCAGCAGCACCAGCAGCAGCACCAGCAGCAGCAGCAGCCGCAGCAGUACUACAAGUGCGUGCCGGCGUACGAGCCGGUGCUGCGCCACGCCGAGAAGAUCGCCGCGCUGUGAGCCAAGUUCGAUAGAGAGGAGCGCCGGGCGCUGUACAAAGUGUCGCAGCCCCUUCGACGUAGUCGUAGCCACAGUAUUAUUUGCCGGAGCCGGGCAGGGGGGCCGCGCCGAUCCGCGCGCUCGGCCUCGCGGCCGCUUAUAUAUUUCGAUUGAGUAUUAUUCUCGGGCCGCGUGACUGCCCCGGGGCACGCGCUCGCUAGCCAAAUUCUUCCACCCUCUUCACUUAUUUAUUGUUGACCUUGCUGUCCUUUCCUCCUCUCUUCGGCGGCGCACCUUGUCGCGUCGUCACACUUUUUUUUAUACAUUCUAGUGUGUACAUGAUCAAAGUCAAGCAAUAGCCUUCGAUGUUAAGGUGGCGCAUCGAACGGUGCGACCCUACUAGACUUUAAGCUAUCGAGCCCUAAGUGUAAGCAAGUUAAUAAAUAUUUCAUGUACUGUGAUUUAGGAUCAAAAAGAAAGAAAGCAAAACUGAGGUAAAUAAAGAAAUCAAUAUGACAAGCGCCACCCUUCGCGCGGCGGGCAAAAUCAAGCAUAUCAAGCUUCAAUUUUUGUUGCCGACUGCAUCCGUCAAUCGGAGCACUCGAGAGAACUUGCUACGCAAGGACAAUUCUUCCGAAAUCGAUAUUGUUAUUGGCCUACCUAUAGCUAUAUAUUACGUGUUAAUUAUGCAAAUCAUGUAUUGUAUGGAAAUAAAAGCGUGAUCAAACGACGAGUUGAGCAGCGAUUAAAAAGAGACUUGUGCAAAGCUGUAUUUUGUUGUGACCUGCACCGCAAGAGAACUACUCCCGAGUCGUGUGCGUGUGCGUUUGACCGCCGCCGCGUUCCUCCCGCUGCACUUGCCUCGCGCGCCUCCAUAGUUGUACGGGCGGUCGGCCGUAGCUCCGGCGCUCAGGCCCCGCGCUAAGAACAGGUCGACUCCGAAUCGCGACCGAGCCCACCGACGACCAGCGUCGUUUCCGCUGCUACGAUCGAUCCUGCCGGUCCCCAAAUUGUUUUACCGGCCUGUCAGCUCGCCCUUGGCCAUUCCGGGCUCCCGUCUGCGGUCCAGCUGCUCGUGAAAAAGAGGACAAAAUAAAUUGCCUGCCAAUAUUAAAUUUCGACGGUAAAAGACGAGCUUGGAAUGGGAGUCACGUGUACUCGCGCUGGAAAUCGCGGGAAAUCGCUCGAUUGGCCAUCGGGUCGUGUCGGUCGAUUCAGUGGAGCACACAGCUGUCGCAGGCGAGCGAACUACGUCGCAGCCACGGGCGACGACGGACGUCUCCUCGGAUUCGCUCGCGCGCAUACGCACAUAUAUUUUUUCAACGCGAAAGGCCAGAGGAAGCUCAGCCCGCGGCGCGCGGCUGCUGCAACGGUGCCGCUCGGUCGCGCGCGUCCCAAGCCCGACGGAUCGCGACUCGGCGAUUCGCGCGCCCACAUCGCAAUGACAAUACUGUAGAAGAGCCGCGAGCGAGCAGUCGGCGCGCGCUCGCAAUAACGCUGAGAGGAUAUCGAUCGACGCGCCCGCAGCCUCUCCGCACCGACGACGCAUCGAAGCCAGCCGCUUGUUUUUAUACACGACACGCGCGAAUAAUAGUUGCCUAACGUACUGCUCCAAUCAUCUCUCUCCCUUUCCCUUUCCCUUUCUCUCUCUCUCUCUCUCUCUCUCUCAUUCUCUCUCUUGAUGUGUCUCUUUGAAAAAGUUAGCUCGGCUGAACACAGCGCAAUACGCACCUACCUGUACUGCAUAUCGACGUUGACUCCAAGUUAUCGUACACACACACAUACACACACACACACACACACACACGCGCGCGCGCGCACAUGUAUACAUAUAUAUAUGCUGUUUUCCUUUCGACGAAUGUGAUAUGUGCUAUGAUUGUUGACACGUCGACUUUGAUGCAGAGGAAUUCUGUACAUGCUUCCGAUCUACCACACGAAUAAUUUGAAUAAAUAUCGAUGAAAA